AUGCACACUGGCCAGAGCAUCGUGUGUCUGUCCGCGCUCGUUGCUCUCUGCCUCGAAUCAGCCAAGGCGGCGGUCGUGACCAGCAACCCACAAGCAUCUGUCGACCUGAAAUGUCGCCAUGACGCAAGAGACAUCCAGCCGCAUCACUUUGGCGUGUGGCCUCCUCCACAAGAGAUAACAGAGACCGGCUGCGGCAUUCGCUUGAAUGGGGACGUGACCAUUGUAACCGGAGACACGGCAGAUGAGCCCACCAUCAGCCUCAUCAAGACCAUCGUCACCUCAGCUGGCGGAAAGGCAACCGUCUCUACAAAGCCCACCGGCAAAGGGACUCAGAUCUUGGUUGGCACGGGGGCCGAGAACAGCUUCGCAGCAGACGCAGCACAGGAGCUCACCGGCCAAGCAGCGACAGACCUCGACGCAGAGGGCUACGUCUUGGCAACAGGCAAAGUCGAUGGACAGCUCUCUGUCGUUCUCAACGGCGUUGACACCCGCGGCGCCUUCUACGCGGCCCAGACACUUCGCCAGCUGGUCGACGACCGCAGCGGUGUACCGGGCAUCCAGGCGCGUGACUGGCCUCUCAUGCCCGUCCGUGGUUCCAUCGAGGGCUUCUACGGCAUCCCUUGGUCUCACGAGGCACGUCUAGAUCAGUUCGUCCUCUACGGACAGCAUAAAAUGAACACGUACAUCUAUACGCCCAAGGACGAUGAGCUCCUCCGUAGACGAUGGCGUGAGCUCUACGAGGGCGACGAUCUCGACAAGCUCCAGGAACUCGUCGACACGGCCAAUGCCAACCAUGUGGACUUUACGUUUGCCCUCUCGCCCGGCAAUGACCUGUGCUACUCAUCCGAGGACGAUUUCAACGCCACCGUGGCCAAGUUUGACCAGCUUCGUGAUCUCGGUGUACAGCGUUUCUACAUUGCUCUGGACGACAUUCCCACCGACGGCUUCCACUGCGACUCAGAUGACGACAAGUGGCCGCACGAUCAAGAGUGGCACUGGCUCGCGGACGCGCAGGCGUGCUACCUGAACCGCGUGCAGCAAGAAUGGAUCGAGAAGCACGGCCUCGACGCCCUUGAGACCGUACCGACCAACUACGCCGGCAGCCAGCCCGACCCGUACAAGGACCGCUUCGGCACGCAGCUCGACAAGAAGGUGCGCAUCCAGUGGACGGGCGAGGGCGUCUUCUCCCCAAACGUCACGGUCGAGAGCGUCGUCCGCGCGGGCGAGACGUACGUCACUGACACCCUCUUCUUCUGGGACAACUUUCCCGUCAACGACGGGGACUUUAGCCGCCUGUUCUUGAAUCCCCUCACGGAGCCAGCCAACGGCCCCGUCUACGAUGCCAAGGCGUCAAUGGACGAAGCUUUGCGGGAGCUCGCUGGCCGUGAUGAAGAUGUGCACGAGGCACUUGUGGCGUUUGUCGACCUGAAUCAGAACUGGCCCUACCGUGAGCCUGAGAUCUUUGCGCCCGCGCUCAGCAAGGAUAUUCAGGAGUUCUGGGCGGCUAGGGAGAAGGGUGGUGGUGGUCCGCUGCGGGAGCGUCUGCAGCUGCUCAUGAAACUGCCUGAGCUUUUGUCACGCAUGGACAUGAAGGGGUUCGCUACAGAUGUUGAGCCAUGGUCUACGGCCGCCAUGCAGUGGGCCAAAGCCUGUCAGCAUCUGGUCGCCAUGUUGGAGGCCCUGGAUGAGGGUGACAAGACGAAAGCUGACGAGGAGUAUGGCGAGGCCAAGGCGUGGGUGAAGAAGACGGAGGAGAAGACGGUGGAGACGCUGGAUCGAGAGGGCAAUCCUGACUCGUAUGCACCGAACGUGGGGGAUGGUGUCUUUGAGAGUUUCUUGGGGGAUGCCACUGCCGUAUAUGAGGGGACCGGAUGAGAUCACCGCGGCAGAAGGUUAUAGCAGCCAUGGAUCCUCGAGAAGCUGCUUUGCAGUUCUGCGCUCUUCCGGUAGCCACUUGAGCAUAGACCUUAUGAACUGAAUGAAAAGGCCCUUCUCCUGCCCCACGAGUCGCUUCUCGAGGCUCUCUAGGGACACGCAAGGGACCGUGG